AUGGGCACCAAACAAAUUAUAUAUCCCAGAUCGAGCUUGCAAUCGCCUUUCGAUGAUGGGAUGCGGAACAAUAAUGGGAAGCAGAAGAACAUACCGAAGAAGAAAUCUUUGUUCCUACACUACAUUCUGUGGCUAUUUGGCGGUAUCUUUGGCAUACAUCAUCUGUAUUUGAAUCGCGAUGGCCAUAUCUUCUUAUUGUGGUGCACAUUUGGCGGAUAUUUGGGAUUCAGGUGGCUUAGUGAUAUGUUCAUGAGAGCCGAGUAUGUGCACGAUGGCAAUGAAGAUCCGGGUUUCGUUAGGAAAUUCGUGCCUCGUCGUCCACCAUUAUUUUCCACGAAGCGUUUUGUGGCACAGCUGAUGAUUGGCUUUAUGUUCGGCCAGAUAGGGUCCUUUGCCAUACCACAAAAGAGUGUGGCCGGAAUCGAUUGGACCUUUCUGCACUGGGGCGUACCGCUUUUCGUGGCAUUGGGCGUCUGGACAGUGGGAAAUAUUGGAAAAGAAUGUGGAGCAAUGUGGCAUUGUCUGGUGGCCGCCGCCAUUACCUAUCCCGUGGGCUAUUUAAUAUACGACCAGCUGUACACACUAUUAAUUACGGCUACCCUCUCAACGCUGGCCUUCGACACGUUCGCCAGGCAGUGGACACCCAAUCCGCAACCUCGCCGUAGUGCCUGCUUGCGCUCAGUAAAAUUAUCGGGCGCCUUCUGCAUCUAUCUUGCAGGCUGGUGUUGCUUUCUCUACUUCAAUGCCACCACUUUGGAUGAAAAUGGUGCUGAGGUGCCCAUUCGUGAGGUGCUUCAGGAUUUCUUGGGCUCGCCCUGGUGGUCCGAUUUUAAGGAGGCAUUUCGCGAUACAUACAACCAUGCUAAGCGUCAUGGCUGGGAACUUUUAAUGAAGACGAUACUCGAAAGCACGACCGCAGAUGCUCCUGAUCUGCAUGCGUACAAGGUUCUGGGAAUCAGCCCAACUUCAACGAAGGCAGAGAUAAGCGCCGCCUACCGAAAGCUCUCCAAAAAGUAUCAUCCGGAUAAGCUGAAGGGUGACGAGGAACUGCAUCUGGCCAUGAACCAGUUCAUUGAGAUCCAGGAGGCUUACGAGGCACUACGAAACAGAAAUAAGGACGAUCAAUAG